ACAAAUGGAGAUAUUAGGCUGACCAACAGCUAUGUUGUUGCUGUAAACAACCUCAGACUUUCCAGUUUACUUACUGCAGGAAGUACACUGAGGAACUCAGAACAAUAGUGCUCUUUAGGUGUAGCACCCAGUAGCUAACAAAGAACACUUAACCAAAAUGCUAUGGAAAAAACACAAAUUAUCACUACAAACAGAACACCAUUUCAGUUUCCAAAGCCUAUAGGAAAUAGACAGCUGUAUAAACCUUGCCAAAGAAGGGAUCUAAUGCAUCUCCUCCGGUAAGCCAUGCAAUCCUUAAUGUCAGUGGUAUGGGGCAUCAGGUGAUAAUAUUUGACUUUUCUACCGUAAGAAGUAUGUGGGAGAUUCGGGUUAAGAAGCACAAAGAACGGCAAAAAAAGGAGAAGGAAAGACUGACCCAAAGCGCACUAGAAAAGAUAAGGCAAGAAUGGGACGUUAUGCAAGAGUGCAGAAGAAAAGGCAUUCCGCAAGCUGCAUAUCUGAAGAAUGGGUUCAUAGAUACUAACAGCAUUUUGGAUAAGCUUGAACAGAACUCACUGCUCUUUAAGAAGAUUGCCUUAUUGAAUAAAACAGAGAAAGAAAGAAACAAGUUUAUUUUUCAACUUUCAGGGGAGGACUGGAUGGAGUUUCCAGAUUCAUUGAAGGAACAGACGCAUCUGAAAGAAUGGCAUGUAAACAAUACCAAGAUCACAACCAUUCCAGCUUACAUUGCCCUAUUUCAGGAGCUGAGGAUACUACAGUUAUCCAGUAACAAGAUUACAGAUCUGCCUGUUGAAAUAGGUUGUUUAAAAACUCUGAAAGAACUCAAUGUCAGUUUUAACUGUUUGAAGACAAUUCCUCCAGAACUGGGAGACUGUGAAAAUCUGGAAAAACUUGAUUUGUCUGGAAACCUUGAGCUAGAGGAGCUGCCAUUUGAACUAAGUAACUUGAAACAAGUGACAUAUGUAGAUGUGUCAGCAAACAAGUUUCCCUCAAUUCCAGUAUGCGUGCUUCGGAUGUCAAGUUUGCAGUGGUUGGAUAUUAGCAGCAAUAACCUCAAAGAUCUCCCACAAGACAUUGAUAGGCUAGAAGAAUUACAAACGCUUCUCCUGCACAAAAACAAGUUGACUUAUCUUCCAAGAUCUUUGGUCAAUUUGCCCAAACUCAAUUUACUGGUGGUAAGUGGUAACGAUUUGGUCCAGAUGCCCACAGCUAUCUGUGAAUCAACCACAGGUUUAAAAUUUAUAAGCCUCAAGGAUAACCCUCUUGAAACAACCUCAUUUCAAGAGACUGUAGAAAUAACUGAAAGUGACCGUGAUCGUGAGCUGUUUGAAAAAGAAUUUAUGAAAGCUUAUAUUACAGAUCUAAGAGAAAGAGAGUCUGUUCCUUGCUAUACUACAAAAGUAUCAUUUAGUCUCCAAAUCUAAAUCCAAAUCUGAGAACUGGAUUUGCACAUCACUGAAGAAUCUCAGCAUUUAAUUUUGCCAAACCAAACAUCAUUAGCAGAAUACCUGCGUAAACACUACUGCACACGAGUCUUUCUUUUUAAAAUUGUUUUCCAAAACUAUUUGUAUCUGUAGCACCUGAUAUGCAAUACGAGCUUCAGAUGACUGGGCUAUCAUGUGAUUAAAGCUACCUUUUCAAAAUAUUUUGUACAAGAAAAUCACAGAAAAGUUGAUGUUCUAAUGUGUGCGUGACAUAUUGUAUUUUUUUAGACCAAACAGUGGGCACCUUCACAUGUAUAAUAUCCACUCAGAUGAAUAUAUACUCUAUCUACUAAGCAUUAGGAGCUGCAGUGGUUCAAGUGGUUAAGACGCU